AUGGCGCACCCCAUCCCGUGGCAGGAGUUGCGCCUAUCCCGAUUCCUUUACCACCAGGAAGUGCACCCAUCCCAGGACACCCGCUUAUGCGCGUUGUGCCCGUCUCUAUCCAUCCACCGUACAGCAUCGUGCCCAUUCCUGUUCCUCGACCUCCACCCGUUUCCAGACCACCCCGCACAGCUCCGCCCCCUCCCCAAGCACCUCCGUCAUCUCAUCACUCAUAAGGUCUCGCACGCCUUCCUGCGCGGCGGACAAAGCUUCUACGAUGUGCUCGCACCCUACGUCGACCCGGAGUACCGCUACGUGCUGCAGGAUCGUGCCAUCCCAUUACCACCCGGCGUCAUUCAGGUUCCCCCACGCCCGUACUGGGAGCCCAUGAGUGAGGAGGAACGCCGGAAGGCCGUCGCGAUGCCGCACUUCAACUCGAGGGGUGAGAUCAUCGCGAGGAUGAAAUCGCCCCACGACGUGCCCGCGCCGACGUGGCCUACCCGCAGCCUGGUGGACUUUCCGGCUGCUGUGUCUACGAAGGCCCUCAGGCGUCCUCAGGAAGAGUCGGAGCGAACCGGGGCGUCACAGAGAUUGGAGCCUGUUGCACAGGAACCGAUUCGGAUCGACGCGCCCUCUGUGUCUGCGGAGGCCCUGAAGCAUCUUCAGGAAGAGCCGGAGCAAACCGGGGCGUCACAGAUAAUGGAGCCAGUUGCACAGGAACCGACUCGGAUCGACGCGCUCCCAGCGGGAUCGCCGCCGAUCCAGCCCCCGGACCUGUUGACGCCGACCCCGACGCGUCCAGACGGCCCAUCUCCGCGCAAGAAGCGCAGGACCACCGUCCGUGUAUGCGCGUCAGCAGAGUGCGACCUGCCCAUUCCGGGGGGGUUCCGUGGGUCGCUCUGUCCGGAGUGCGGGUUCGCGCGGUGGCGGACGCAGUUCCGGACCAAGUUCGCGGGGGUGCGCGCGCAACUUGCUGCAGAGCCUGCGGAUAUAGCCCACGCGGCGGCUCAACUGCCAGCAGAGGUGGAAGGCGAUGGUGAUCACGAACCCCAGGUCAAGGUUGAGGAAUCGGUCGAGAGUGAGGGCUUUUCCAUCGAGCCUAGGAAGGCAAAAAGACCCGCGGUUGUGCCCAAGAGGGUCAUAGUCGAAAUACCCACGACGGGAGCAGCGCACCUGGACAAAGACGACGGGUCCGAGUCGGACGGUCUGCCGCUGGCUGCCGUGAUCGUCGCCAAGAGGAAGAAGUCGCCACCGAAGACCAGCACUGCGGAGAAAGAGAACCACGGCCGACAAGAAUACUCUGACUCGGAGAUGGACGUCCCUCUGUCUAGUAUGCUUUCAAGUCAGUCCGGUCGCUUGUCAGAACCCGAAGAAGAAGAAGUUCCGGUCGCAGAGCUCCUGCCCAGUACUCUUCAGAAUGCGCCCGUUCCGCUGUUCCCUCCCAGGGUCUCAGUAGCCGCCCCUGCUGGCUGCGUUUCAAUGCCUUCUACCCCGGCCGACUCACCUAGGUCUGCCGUUAGUCCUGCAGGGCCUGUGCGCCUUCGUAUUGUUGUUCCGCCACUCUCCCGUUGCUCGCCCAAGAAACCAACACACCCACCGCCCCUCCCGCAGGAGCUGGACCUCACCGAACCGGAACCGGAAUCGGAAUCGGAAUCGGAGGGGGAGCUGGGAACUGAGGAGUCGCAUUCGCCCCUCGAUCCCGGGGGUGCAGCUACCACCCCGCUUCUGGAACAGAGCCCCGAACGAGAGGAUCCUGUCCUGAGACUCGCACCUGUCCUAGAACUGUCACCAUCCCUCGUCUCCGCUCCACAGGUGCGCGUCCGGUGCCCGGCCGCGCCGACACCAGUGAAGCCUUUCUCGAACAUCCGUCGCGUUCGUCUCAUCUUGGGUCCCAAGCCCCCCGCCCGCGAGCCCACUUCGUCGUCGUCACGCGAUUCGUCUACCGAGCGUUUACCGAGUCCGUCUCCAUCGCGGCGGGUACGGCCGUUGGGGAAGCUCUCUCUCGACUGGGACUCGGACCUCUCGGACCUCACCCCGCUCGAGGACUCGGGCGAGUCCGAGAUAGAGAGCGACGCUGAAGACGACGAGGAAGACGUACCUCUUUUCACGGGGCUCCUUGCCCGCUCUCAGCUCGCGUCCACAGCUUCCACCGAAUCUUCCGCGGUGGCGACCGCAAACCCACAGAACGAGAAGCAUCGUUGGCAGUGCGCCUUCAGCGCAUGCGCGAACUUGCUUCCACCGGGCUGGAAGUUCCGGCAGUGCCCGAAGUGCCGGUACACGGCGCGGCAGGAACGUCUACACCUUGCGCGUGGCGGCGUCGAUGCCAAGCGUGGGCCGAGGUGCGAACAACGGCGCGAGGAGCAGGAGUUCGAGCCUCCGGCGGACGGCGACUAUUCCGGAUGGCGCAAGUGCACCAAGAGUCGCUGCAGCAAGAUGGUGCCAGGCGAGGAACAGUACAAGUGGCGCCUCUGCCCGCGAUGCCGCCGCCACAUGCGCGAGAGCAAUAGCCGGCGAGCGCGGCUCAUCCGCGAAGAAAAGUGGAAGGCCACGCAGGUGGACUGGACUGCGAUGCGCGCCGCCGCGGAGCAGGCAGACCGGGACACGCGCGCAGAGAGCGCAUCCUCGGACGUGUCGUCGCGCACCGCGGUCACGGCUGGUAAAGAAGGGGGGCUCACCGCCUUCGUUGACGAGCCCCAGUACCAGCACUUCGCGGCGCUGCUGCUCGCGCUCCGCGGGCGCUUCGACACAUUCUGUGCGGCUCAGACUCGCUACCUUCUCUGUACCGCGCGCCCGCCGCCACGACAGAUGAUGUUCGCGUUCACGGGCGAGUACUCCGUCGUUGCGGACCCCGGCGGCGGCGCCGUCGACGCCGUCGUCGACGUUGUCGUACGCAACGUGCACGCCGCGCUCGGGCUCGCUUUCUCGAUGGCGGGCGUGCGACCUGGACCUGAGGACUCGAUCGUGGCGACCUUUUCGUGCACGUACACGGCGCGCAUCCCUCCCCCCACGACGUCCGCGCCUCCGCCCACUCCUACUCGCGCGGAGUCGGCGCCCAGUCCGGGCGCAUCGGCCGAUACGGCUGUCAAGGAUGGCGACUCUACGCCUCCGGGGGGCGAGCCUACCGUCCGGGGUGGCGACUGGGCAUCCCAAGGCGACGAGCCUACCGCGGAUGACCACGCCCCCGCUCUCGUGCCGGAAGGCUCUGCCAAGAACGAGAAGGACGCGCCGCUCGCAGUCACCAUGAAGGGCGAGCUCCAAGUCGGCGUCGCGUGGGACCGUCGGCACCGGUGGUUCCCCGGGCAGCGGAUCAUCGUUUGUUUCAGGCUUGUUGGAUAG